AUGAGAAUACUCGGAGAGACGGGGUUGCUGCCUAUGGCCGAGUAUGGAAUAGACAGCCCGGGACGUGACCAUCUGGGAGACAGAACUCGUUGGGUUGUGAACCGUGGAAACGGCGAUCCAACGGGAUGUGACUGUCUGGGAGAUGGAACUCGGGCCGUGGCCGAGAGGGUCGAGCUCGCGGGACGGGCUGACCUGGGCUGUGAUGUGUUCUUCGCCCGGGAUGGCCUAUCCAGCAAACCUCGGCAAAUUGUGACGCUCACCGGCUUUGUCUAUGUGUUUAGAUCGAGUCGGGGGUGUUACAGUGCCGAUAGCCAACUACAACCCGAUGACCGGCCGACCGUCCCGACCAACCGUUCGGACGGUCCGAUCGACCCGAGGCCCGUUUUGAAGCCCGUUUCACACGUUUUCACAGCCCGGCUUGACCUAAUGCCGCCUCUGAAGACCUAG